UGUGUUCACUUGCCUACAACGCAAUCUUGGUUUAUGCCAGAGAGAGAACGAGCAAGAGAAGAUUUUUAUUUUAAAAAAAAUCUAAGGACCCAGCCUUACUCAAGAAAAGAAGAUGAAACUUCAAGUUAUCUGCGUGCUCUUCGUUUUACUUAGUGCUGCUACCAGAAACCUCUGUGCCUUCACUAUUCAGAGAGAUAUCCAGAAAGACUUGGCCGGUGCGGAUACCUACAAAACAGAAAGCAUGGGACUGCAGGCAUUGCUAGGAAGAUCCAAGCGUCACAUCAGUCACAUUGCUCUCUGCAGAUAUUGCUGGGACUGUUGUGGGAACAAGGGUUUUGGCUACUGUUGCCGGACAUGAAGAGGACAAAGUCCACGAGAGAUGACAACUCUGCUAUGGAGAUACCCUUCUCCCGUGUAGAAAUGACCACCUCCCAAAAAAUACCUCCUCCCAUUGGUCUCCAGGUCUCCUGACACAUUCUCCUUAUUUAUUAGUUUGACAGUAUGUGGUGUUUUUGUUUUGUUUGGAUGUUCUUGUCAGUUCUUGAGAAUUAAACGUAUUUUUAUCUCAUA